AUUCUAUCUUCCAUUUUUUUUUGUACAUUUUUAAAAUUUUAUUUUUGUAUUACUAAUCAUGAACAACUGAGCGCUAUCUGAUUUUCCUCUUCGUUCUUUCUUAAUGAAACUGUAAUGCAAUGGAAAGUGGUAGCCGGAGGAAGCUGACGCUGUUUGAGCAGAUGAUGGCGGUCGAUGACGGCCGGGAUACUCUGGCCGGAUUAACUCUCGAAGCCAUUUUGGGAACCGCUAAGCGGCCUGAACAAUCGCCUGCAGCACAGAGCCGUACCCUUCUUGAGAUUAUACGAGGCGAUGAGUUUAACAGGGAAAAGAAGAGUUGGAAAACGUUACGGGACAAGCUCCGGCUCAAGCGACCGGUCUCUGUAUGGACCUCCUCGGUCCAUGUCCCGGCUUCUGAUGUCAUUGUUGAUGGUAAUAAUAGAUCCCAGUUGUCGCGGCACGGUUCCUUUCGUUCUCCCUCGGCCGACCCGGCUCGUGUUGUGAACGGAGGUCAAAGCGCCGCGCGAAGUGAUUCGGGUGGGGUCGGGAACAACCGGGUUCAGAACGAUGUCGACUUGCAGAGUAAUGCUCCACCGUCGAGAAGGUUUAGGACGGAAAUUACCGCGGGAAACGGCGCCGGGAGCAGCGAAGACGACGACUCUCCUAUGGCGCGUAACGAGACGCGCCAACUCGGAACGGCAUUAGCGUUGGAGAGGGCAUUAUCCGCGAGAGAAGCAGCGACGGCGGAGCCGGUGAGGAUGUCAUUGAUGGACUUUUUGGAAGAAACAGAGCCGAUUGGACCGAUGAGACACACGACGGAAAACGCCGUCGACGACGAAGAAUACGAGGAGAAAAACACGGCGGAAGCGAGCGGUGGGAUGCAGCACACGUGUUGCGUGUGCAUGGUUAGGCAUAAAGGCGCGGCGUUUAUUCCUUGCGGCCACACGUUUUGUCGGGUUUGCUCGAGGGAGCUUUGGGUUCAGCGAGUUAACUGCCCGCUAUGCAACGGCAUAAUCAUGGAAAUUCUUGACAUCUUUUAAAAACAAUUAAAUAAAAAAUCAGUGAUUGUUUUUCUAAUUCAA